UCAAGAAGGGAAACACUUCCUCCUUCUUCUACACUGCACCCGUAAACUUUGCCGAGUCCUUAAAUUGUUUAACUAUCCCUACACACAUUUCAAGAUGGGUAGGGAGGACAAGGCAACUUGGAAAUCUAAUUAUUUCACAAAACUUGUACAACUUUUAGAUGACUUUCCUAAAUGCUUCAUCGUGGGUGCUGACAAUGUUGGCUCGAAACAAAUGCAACAGAUACGUAUGUCCCUUCGUGGAAAUGCGGUAGUACUGAUGGGAAAGAAUACAAUGAUGAGAAAAGCAAUUCGCGGUCAUAUUGAACGUAAUGCCGCACUUGAAAAGCUACUACCGCAUAUUCGUGGAAAUGUUGGAUUUGUUUUUACUCGCGGAGAUCUAAUCGAAGUGAGAGACAAACUUUUGGAAAACAAAGUCCGAGCACCGGCUAGAGCAGGUGCUAUCGCACCGCUGAGCGUAAUAAUUCCCGCUCAAAAUACCGGGCUUGGUCCUGAAAAAACUGCCUUCUUCCAAGCUUUAAGCAUUCCCACUAAAAUUUCCAAGGGUACUAUUGAAAUUAUUAACGACGUGCACAUUUUAAAACCAGGUGACAAAGUAGGUGCAUCCGAAGCCACUCUCCUGAAUAUGUUAAACAUAUCUCCAUUUUCAUAUGGUUUAAUUGUUGAACAAGUAUACGAUUCUGGUACUAUUUUCGCACCCGAAAUCUUGGACAUCAAACCAGAAGAUCUUCGCGAGAAGUUCAUGGCUGGAGUGGCAAAUUUGGCUGCAGUUUGCUUGACUAUUGGCUAUCCUACAAUAGCUAGCGCUCCGCACAGUAUUGCUAAUGGAUUCAAAAAUCUGUUGGCCAUUGCUGCUGUUACUGACAUCGAAUUCCCAGAAGCUGCUACAAUCAAGGAAUACAUCAAAGAUCCAAGCAAAUUUACCGCAGCUGUUUCUGCUACCGCACCAGCUGCGGCUGCCGCAGAAGCACCAGCUGCAGAAAAGAAGGAAGAAAAGAAAGAAGAAUCUGAAUCAGAAGAUGAGGAUAUGGGAUUCGGUCUGUUUGAUUAAAAUACAUAUGUACAUACAUGUAUAUGUUCAAAAUAACUUGAUUGAAGUUAUAAGUUUAAUAUUUUGAUAAACUGGAUCUUGGAAAUAAAAACAAUUAUGAUAUA